CCCCUCCCCCCGGUGACCGAGGUGAGGCUCGGAGGGGCAGGCUCGGAGGGGCACUGUAUAAGAGCAGUACUGUUCCAGUCCAUUUGCGUAGCGUAUAGGUAGCCUCUUCCGCGGGCUAUAGGCGGGCAUGAUUGACAAGCUGUCACCUCGCGAUUCGAGCUAGAGGCCGGACAUCGGUCUGGAUGGAUGGGCGAGGAGAGUGGAGGGAAAAAGGGCACCUGUUUCGCUAAGAAAGACGGACAGAUACCCUCCACCAAGAGUAUAUAUACUGAGAGGGGCACAGAGAGAGACUAGUCAUCUCGCUCUCUCUCUCUGUCUCUCUUUCUCUACUUCCUCUUCCUCUGACUGAUCGAAUUUUCCUACUGUCCCUAUCGUUUCUACCAACUUUCCCCCCUCACUCAUCGGAAAUCAACCCUGUCACUACACCAUGCACGUCUUCAUCACGGGCGGAUCAGGACACAUUGGUUCUCGAGUCAUUCCUCUACUGAUUGCUCACGGACACACCGUCACUGCGCUCGCUCGCUCAGAAUCCUCCGCGAAGAAACUCGAAUCUCUAGGCGCCGAACCGAUUCACGGCGAACUGAGUGAUGUGGCACUUCUCGAAGAUCAGGCCAGAUCUGUCGAUGCCGUUCUCCACCUAGCCUUCCACCACGAGCUCCUGCAAGGUCCCAACGCGGACUUUACGGCCCCUGGCAAGAAAGACCGAGCGGCUCUCGAAGCGUUCGCAAGGGGAUUAGGAGGUAAAGGAUCUGAGAAAAUCAUCAUUACAACCUCUGGAGUUCACUUUCGAACGCCAGGAAGACAAGUCACAGAAGACGAUGUCGAGCCUUUGGCCUUUCGACCUGAUCACGUUCAAUUCCUCAGAGACCAAGGGAUGACUGCCUUCGCCGUCCGAAUGUCACCUAUCACUCAUGCGGAUGGUACUGGAGGGUUUUUACCCAUGUACGUGGAUGCGGUCAAGAAACUAGGUUACGCACCGUUCAUCGAAGAUGGUCAAUCUCGAUUCGCAGCCUGUCACGCGGAUGACGCAGCAGACAUCUAUGUCAAGGUGUUGGAAAACGCUGCCAAGCUCGACAACCUUUUCUAUCACGCAGUUGGCGAAGAGGCAGUCACGAAUAAGGAGUUCGCCGAAACCACAGCGAAGAAACUCGGUCUCGAGACCAAAUCGAUCUCUCAGGAGGAAGCGGGCCGACUGUUGGGAUUCACAGCGCACAUGUUUGGUGCAGACUGCCCAGCUUCGAGCAAGAUCACUCAGAGGGAAUUGGCCUGGAAGCCAACUGGACAGACCCUGGCAGAGAACAUUGCACAGCACGUAGAGUAAAGCAGUCGUCGUUCGUUCAAAACUUUCAAAUACAUGC